AUGAAGCGAAGAGCAUCGUGUCAAGAAGAUGCACAAGAAUCAUCCUCAGACCUGAAAAAGGCACAUCAUUCCUAUCGUAGAAAAAGGGAAGUAAGCACCGUUAUUGUCAAAAACUUGCCUUUAAGUUACAAUUUCUUCAAAAUAAGAAAACUGAUCUCUGGCUGUGGAGAAGUUGAACACAUAGAAGCAGUAAAAUCGUUGGAUGGAAACUCGAAAUUUGCUAGAAUAGAAUUCAAAGACCAUGGCGAUGUUUUAAGCGCGCUUACCAAGUCUCACAAGCAGAUUGGCUCGAACGAGAUCAUUGUGGAAAAACUGCAAAAUUCAACUAUUUGGAUCACCAAUUUCCCGCCCGAUUUCGAAGCGGUUGCUCUUCGUAAGCUCUUCAAUGAAGCUGGAGCAACUGUGCUGAGUGUCCGACUGCCAUCAUUGAGAUACGACGCACACAGACGGUUCGCGUAUGUAGAUUUGAUAUCUGCAGACGAAGCUUGCCGCGUUACCGAACAGUUAAAUGGCACACUUCUGGGGUCUUAUAAGCUUGUGGUGAAGCUGUCCGAACCUUCAGUAGCAGAAAAGCGCACAGAUGCCACGAUUUUGGAGCGGAGACAGAUCACUGUGAAGAAUCUUGAUCAGCGUAAAGUAACGCAAGAAAGACUCUCAGAAGAGUUCUCUCAGUUCGGGGAAAUCGAGAAAAUAACCAUGCCAACACCCAAGAUUCACGAUAAUGACAAAGAGGAACCACCAAAGCUGAACAAGGGGUUCGCAUUUAUUGAUUUCUUACUUCCAGAGUGUGCAAAAGCAGCUCUUAAACUCGACGAGUGUGAAAUUGAGGGAAGAAUCAUAGAUGUGACCCUAUCGGAUCGUAAAGCGUACCUUGAAAGACAAGCAGUGAAGCGUAUUUUCGCCAAAAGAUCACACACGGAUCAUGUUGUGAGCAUAUAUCCUCUGGAUGAUAAAACUUCCAUCCAUCAACUGCAAAAUCUUUUGUUUGAGCGAGCCAAAGUUUCUCCCGAAGAGAUCAAAACGAUAUACUUGGUUGCUGAUCAUGAAGGUGCUCUGAUUUUAGCUAACGACUCUAGAGCAGCCGCAAAAAUUGCGCUAGCCGUUAAUGGUAUACAAUUCCGGAAGAGGACCAUUAAAUGUGGUGACAUCAAAGACUUGAAAAAUCAUACCGCCACUGUUGAACCCAAAAAAAAUCAAGCGGCAACCCAAUCCAAUCAGGAAGUCCUGGAUGAGAAACCAUCUGCAGCUCCUCAAAAAAGUGGGACAAUGACUAACGAGGACUUUCGGCGAAUGUUUUUGGCAAAAUAG